AGCAUUGUUUUCUGAACAUCAUGUUUCCGCUUUGUGUUGUCGCUCUUUCACAAGUCGAAAAUGGCGGAUCAGAACGUAAAGUCGUUCCAGAAGCAACCAACUGUUUUCCUGAACCGAAAAAAAGGUCAGGGACAAAAAAGUCGCAAAUCCUUGCGUUACACGAGAAAUGUUGGUCUUGGAUUCAAAACACCUCGUGAUGCGAUUGAUGGAACCUACAUUGACAAGAAAUGUCCAUUUACCGGAAAUGUAGCGAUUCGAGGACGCAUUCUCACUGGAGUUGUUCAGAAAAUGAAAAUGCAGAGAACAAUUGUCAUUAGACGGGAUUACUUACACUAUGUAAGAAAAUAUAAUCGUUUUGAGAAGCGUCACAGAAAUAUGAGUGUACAUCUCAGUCCAUGCUUUAGAGAUGUUGAAAUUGGAGACAUUGUGACUAUUGGAGAAUGCAGGCCUUUAAGUAAAACCGUAAGAUUCAACGUUCUUAAGGUUUCAAAGGGAACUGGAUCCAAGAAAAGCUUCAGAAAAUUCUAGAUAAAAAGAUGGAUGCAUCUUGAAAAUUUCUAGAUAUCAAGAUCCUGAAAGGUUGGACGUUUAUCGACUAAAAUUAUAUUAAGUCAAUGUUUUACCAUCAUUAUAUUGUAAAAUGUUUUUAACGCAAAACUAAGAUCAGAUGCGUUUGAAAAAUAAAUUCAUUUAAAUAAAAAAAAAAUUUAA